UGUGUAUAUAUAUAGGUCACAAAUUAAGACCAAACAUCGCCACCUUAUAAAUAAGUUGUGUUGUACGGUAAAUGUUAAUUAGUUCUAUAUCCUCCACUUUCAUAGUAUAGUUCAAGUGAUGAUGAGAACACCAAGCAAUGAUGAAAGUGGUUUGAAGAAGGGUCCAUGGAGUCCAGAAGAAGAUAAAAUACUAGUGGAUCAUAUUCAAAAACAUGGUCAUGGAAGUUGGAGAGCUCUUCCAAAGCUUGCUGGAUUGAAUAGAUGUGGAAAGAGUUGUAGACUAAGAUGGAAUAAUUAUCUAAGGCCUGAUAUUAGAAGAGGAAAAUUCUCUGAUGAAGAAGAGCAACUUAUCAUCAAUUUGCAUUCUGUUCUUGGAAAUAAGUGGGCAUCUAUAGCAACACAUCUUCCAGGGAGGACUGAUAAUGAAAUAAAGAAUUUUUGGAACACACAUUUGAAGAAAAAGCUAAUGCAAAUGGGGUUAGAUCCAGUGACACAUAGGCCAAGAACAGAUCACCUAGACCUUCUUAGCAAUCUACAACAAAUAAUAUUGAAUGCAGCAAACAUUGUUAGCAAUUGUGACAUAAAUAAUGCUCUAAGGCUACAAUAUUCAUUGCUCCCACAAAGUUUGGUGAAUGGUGUUUUGGGAUUUAAUAAUAACAUACAAAAUUUUUAUGAUGGUUCAAAUAUUGGUAUUUCUUCUCAAAUAAUUCAACCUAAUUUGCAAAACUUUGAAGCCCCUCUUCAACAAUUUCUACCACAAGAAUGUGAUGAGUACACUCAGAAAUUUGAUGAACAAAUUGGUAACACAAAUGUUGAUUCCGCAAUAUCAACAAAUUUGCUUCCAAAACUGGUUUCGAUUUCGCCUCAACGCUCAGCAACGGUUAAGGUACGCGAAGAAAACAUGAUGAUAAAUGAAAAAGAGUGUUGUAACACUUCUUCCACCAGCUUUGAAACUUGGGGAGAUUUCAUGAAUGAGGAUGCAAAUGAUGCUUAUUGGAAAGAUAUCAUAGAACAACAAUAUUGAAGCCAGCCAUAGCCAACAGUCUCGUGAAGGAUACAGCAUUUUGGUGGAUUAGUUAUCAUAGCAAUAACUAUGGGGAUUUAUGAUAUAUAUUAUAAGGAUCAACACAUUGUUCAUUUUAGUGUAAUAAACCGUUGUUCAUAUAUUUAUAAUAAUUAAUAAUGUAUUAUUUGUGGAUGGAUUGUACACCGUGGAGUUUGUAAGUAAUAUCAUAGGUUACAGCUUAUGUUCAUGUUCAUCUUUUGUAUAAAAAUGCAGUUGCAAGCUUUCCUUAAUUAUUUUUAAUGUAGUCUUUAAAUUUAUAUUAAUUGUAAGUGUGAAUGGUUGGAACAUUGAGCCAUGAAAAAGAAGAUGCUUGCAAUCUA